UAAUAGAGGCGCCAAGUGCCGCCAUGGGCAUCAAGGGUUUGUUCCCUUAUCUUGUUGAGGCGGCCCCAAAAGCUUACAACACCUCUGAGUUAAAGCGGUACACCGGGCGACGCCUUGCAGUGGAUGCGUCUGCAUGGAUGUAUCAAUUUUUGACGAUUGUCAGGACUGGAGCUGCUGCAGAAAAUCUCCAAAACAAUCAGGGGGCGGCCACGUCGCAUUUGCAGGGCUUCGUUUUACGCACCUUGAAACUCUUGGAGGCGGGCGUGCACCCGAUUUUUGUCUUCGAUGGGAAGCCACCAGAUAUGAAGAUGGCGGUCAACGCUGCGCGGCGAGAGGUGAGGGAGCAGGCAGCUGAGGAACAUGCGGCUGCAGUCUCUUCAGGUGCCAAAGGAGAAGAGGUUUACAAAGCAGCCAGUCGCAGCACGAGGGUUACCAAGGAGCAUGGAGAACAUGCCAAGGAGAUCUUACGUGCCAUGGGCAUGCCAGUAGUAGAAGCCCCUGGAGAAGCGGAGGCUGCUUGUGCGCAACUCUGCAUUGAGGGUCAGGUGUAUGCCGCAGUGACAGAAGAUAUGGAUGUGCUGACUUUCGGUGCGCCGCGGCAGAUCAAAAACCUCUUUGAUGUAGAGGGGUCCAGAGCGCGACAACCAAAACCGGCACAGGAGAUCGAUUUAUCAAAAGUCUUGGAUGCCUUGUCUUACUCUCAAGAUCAGUUCAUUGAAUUCUGUAUCCUGUGUGGUUGUGACUAUUUGCCUCACCUUUCUUGUAUCGGCCCAAAGACGGCUGCGCAAAUUUUCCAGCGAGAAGGAUCCCUGGGGAAGGUUGUGGCUUCCAUCCGUGCAGGGCGAGGGCCCAAAGGUUGCAAUGUCCCGGAGGACUGGGACUGGAAAUCGGCAAAGAAAGUCUUUCAGCAGGGUGCCAAAGAUCUUCAAGCCGAUGCACUUGAGUCGAUCCGAAAUCUUCGGGAGUCCUUUGAUGUGGAGGGGUUGCGUUACCUCUUGGUGGAAAAGCAUCAGUUCAGUGCCUCUCGGGUCGAUACCAUGGUGGACCGGCUGCGCAAGGCACGUGCUCCCGGUGGUGCGGCUUCUUCCAGGCGCAUCGAGAGCUUCUUCCAGGCGUCGCCCAAGCGACGUCGCAUGGAGCCAGUGGCCACCAGUGCCGUGGUGCUGUUGGAUGAGGAUCCUAUAGAGGAUCCAGUGAAAUCUACAGAAUCCGAAUGGAGCUGCGAGAAGUGCACCUUCUCCAAUCAUUCCCAGCUGGUGAAGUGUGAGAUGUGUCAACAUCCACGUGAGCCGAAGGUUCUAAAAUUGCCCUUGAAGGCCUCUGCGAAGGUCAUUGACCUCGACGACGACUAGCAGCGAGCAAAAG